UAUAACCACUCUCAAAUCUCAAAGAGCAGUCAGUUUCUCAGUCUCACAACUUUACCCUGCAGAACUUCACACAGGCAUCAUGGCGAAGAUGGUCGUGCAGCAACCUCAGCCUGUCAUGAUGGCGAACACAUCAUACUCCAAUCAAUGGAGCUCGGGAAUCUUUGACUGCUGUGAAAAUGUUGCAGAGUGUUGUUUCUCGUUCUGGUGUUUCCCCUGCUUCGCCUGCAGUACGUCAAGGAAAUUUGGCGAGUGUUUGUGUUUACCGAUGCUGGACGGUUAUGGCUUGAUUCCCCCAAUAACCCUGGCCAUGAGGGCAUCAAUGCGCCAGCGCUAUGGCAUUGAGGGAUCUAUAUGCAAUGACUGCAUAUAUUCAUUCUUCUGCCUUCCCUGCGUUUGGUGCCAGAUGUCCCGAGAGAUGAAGGCACGUAAUCAUUCAGUCACAUUAAUUAAUUCUCACACAAGAUGAAGACUCAACUUCAUGAUCGUUAAUAAAUACUCCGUGUUUUCAAUGACACCUUUGAGACAGUAAAGUGCAAUAAUACUGCCUGUACAAUAAUUUUCAAUGUGGAAAUGACUCUAUAUACUGCAUGUUGACAGGUAGUUUGUGUUUCUUAGUUUCUGGGUUAGGGUUAGUCAUUAAUAAUUUCUAAUUUCUCUAAUUACUCCAUCUGGGGAUUAAUAAAGUAUUAUCUCAUCUUAAAUAAUGCCACUGACUGUAGCACUAGGCUACAAUCUUUAAUCGUUAUCAUAUCUCAUGUUAUGUGUUUCCCUAAUAAAAUGGAUGAUAAAAA